UUGGUUUUCAAUCUAGAUCUGUUGUUCAUUCAAUUUCCUUUUUUGUGAUAUCUACUUGUUAGUUUAAUGCUACUUGGGUUUUAGUAAAGUUGGUUUAUUUCAAGUUGGUCAACUAGUUGAUAUCUCUUGAUGGAUCUCCUUUUCUUGUUGCCCUGUAAUUGGGAAAUGGACCGGGUGAUUUAAGCAUAUGUACUAACGAGCUAGUUUUGUGGUUUGAGUUAAAAGGAUGUAGGCUCAGGUGUCAUAUCAUUUAUUUUAAUUACUAUUAGAAAGAAAAGUAUUAUGAUUUGAGUCACACUGUAAGCUGGGACAGGAUGGAUCAUCAAUUUUAUGUGUGUGUUUGUAUGUUUCAAUUUGUUGGUUUGAUCUGCAUUUAAGUGAGGAGACUAUAGUAUGUCUCACUUUUCUGGUUUUCGCCUUAGUUAUCACAACCCAUUGGGCUAAUUUAUCUAGAUUUGUGUAUGAAUCAUUUGAUGGGAAUUGUUCCAUUCCUAGGCUUGAACCCGAGACCUCUGUUAAGGGUGGAGGGAGUUUGAUUCGUCCUGUAUUACCAAGAUAGCUCAUUUCCAAUGAAGAAAUAAAGGGACAUGUUUAUCAAGUGCGACCACUCUUAAUUUGAGAAACGGAGUCCACCAAGUUUGGAUCUUUAGUUUUUGAACUCAUUGGGUAUACUCAGUAACACAGAGAAGAACAAGAAAGUGCAUUAAGGACGUCGCAAUGGGAAAUGGGGAAUGUGUAUAGUAGCUCUUCCAGAACCUAGUUUCAGCCUGUGUAGAUUUGUCAGUAAAAUUCCCCUUUUCUUCAUCAAAUGCUUGAAAGAUAACUGUUAUGAUUUGAGAGUGUUGAUAUGAGCAAGUUACUGCCUACCAGCCUUGCUUACUUUAACAAGAAAAGGAAGUUUCAAGCUGAACAAUUGGGAAUGCCGCUACCUAAGCAUGUGUGCUCAUAUCAGAGCUCUGCUGAAUGUACUUCUUCACAUACUGGCACAGCAGCUAAAGAAUCUUCGGCAUGCAUGAUUAUAGUAGAAAAUGCUGCAAGGGGCCAAGAUGAUGAUAUAGAACUAGAAUCUGAGAAUGGCAGCAAUAGCUUUUGUGAAGAUGCUGAUUCUGUCACGUCUCAUGAGGCUAAACUUGAUCCUGGAUGUCUGAAAGCAUGUUCAUCUGAUCACGCUUCAACUUCAUCUGUUAAUUUGUGGGGCAACCUUUAUUCUUUGGAGAGCAGAUCAGUGACAAAAUUAAUGCCUGAUAGGCCGGAGCAAUCCCCUACCGGCAGAGUAUGGGGUACUCUACAUCACGGUUCCGGAUGCGACCCGUCAAUGGAUUAUGAGGAGCACUUGUUGGGAUUGGGGAAUCAUGAGGAUUGCACUUGCGCAGAAUGCAGGACUGAGGGCAUUGAGCUCGCAACAGAAAAAGAAGUUGAAAACUUGCUUAAUGCCAAUGUGAAUCCUAACAAUUAUGUUCUUUCAUCUGGAAGAUGGACUGUUAACCAAGAUUCACAGCCAAGUUCCACAAAACUAACCAUUGAUAAGGAGUUUGAGCAGUACUUUUCCAUGCUUAUGCUGUAAGAAGAAACCACUGAUCCAGUUCGAAAGGCUGGCUUGUGUAUGUAGUUAAUAAUUGGUUUCAAUGGCUUGUUUAUGUAGUUAUUAUUAUUUGCUAUGUUGUCCUACAGCCCUCCAUUGUAACAACAGAAACAAAUUUGGUAAUUUAACUACCUUGAUUGGUAUUAUUGUACAGAGGCUUUUGCUUGCAUAA